AUGCGCGGACGAGCGUCGUACGCAUGGAGCGGGCUCGCCGUGGCGCUCGUCGUGCUGGCGCACGUCCUGCAGUCGCUCUUGUCAGGAGCCUAUCAGGGUGGGACGCGCGUCACGGCGUACCCGAAACAUGUGCUCGUCCUCACUGCACACCCCGACGAUGAGUGCAUGUUCUUUGCGCCGACGAUCCAUGCGCUGCAGGCGCACAAUGUCACCCUCUCCGCGCUGUGCCUCUCGCACGGGAACGCGGACGGGCUCGGAAGUGUGCGAGCGCAGGAACUCGUGCGCAGCUACGGCGUCCUUGGCGUGCCGGCGGAGCGCGUAACGUGUGUGGACGAUCCGCACCUGCAAGACGGCCUGAAGCAGGUGUGGACGCCGGCGCGGGUGCGCGAUGCGGUGCUCGCGCACAUGAACAGCACGCAGAUCGACACGAUCCUCACGUUUGACGCGGGCGGCGUCUCCCUGCACCCGAACCACCGCGCGCUCUUCCAUGGGGCCGUGCAGGUGCAGUCCGAGCUGGCGACGCCCCCCACGCUGUGGACGCUGCAUACGUGGUCGUGGCGUGCCAAGUUCUGGGGCGUGCUGGCGAGUCUGCUGCAGCGGGGGGAUGCGCGUGACAUCCUGUUCCGCUCGUCGCUGCGGGAGUACGGGCGGUCGCUUCAGGCCAUGUACCAGCACCAGACGCAGCUCGUGUGGUUCCGGUACCUGUAUGUGCUCUUUUCGUCGUACAUGUAUGCGAACCGUAUCCGAUUAGAAGUACAUGCGCUAUGA